AUGACCUUUGUUGCUAAGAAAGCCUUCUGUCUGCGUGGACCUGAGCACACCAGCAAAAACAGAUUCCUGGAUCUUAAAAAAUAUGUCUGCCAAACCUUUGUAACCUGUACUUGGAACAAAAGAAUCAUAAUAAGGGACAUGGAUACAUCUAAUUUGUCUCUGGAAUCUCUUAGUAUAACUGACAGAGACAGUCCAUCUAUUACUGAGCUAGGCACAGAGGAUGAAUGGGACACAGACCUGGAGACUGAAGGUAAAUAAGUGAAAAAAAGCAGGAAGGAUAUCUCCACAGCAGAGCUGUACCUACAGGCGUGUAAACUGCUGGGUGUAGUUCCAGUCAGCUAUUUCCUCCGAAACCUGGGUAGUGACACGCUCAACCUCAACCACCAUGGCCUGGGCCCUCUAGGAGUGAAGGCACUGGCCAUCACUCUUGUGACUGACAUGACUAUUUCAACCCUGGAGCUGGCUGACAAUUACUUGCUUGCUGAAGGAGCAAAAUACCUUGUGGAUAUGCUUCGGGCCAAUUUUACUAUUCAGAAUCUGGAUCUCUCUAACAAUCAUUUACAGUCUGGGGGAGCUGAAUGUAUUGCUAAAAUGUUGCUGGAUAACAUUUCUAUCAAGUCACUCAAACUUGCAGGUAAUAAAUUUGUAGACGAUGAUGCCAAAUGCUUUGCGGAAGCCUUGUCAAGCAACUACAGAGUGAAGGUGUUAGACCUGAGUCAUAAUAAAUUCUGUGGCAGAGGUGGAGAGUACCUAGGCCAGAUGUUAGCCAACAAUGAGGGUUUGGAAAUCUUUGAUCUGAGCUGGAAUCACCUGCGGAUGAAGGGAGCAGUGGCUUUCUGUGCGGGGCUUAAGGUCAAUGUUACAUUGAAACACUUGGACCUGUCAUGGAAUGGCUUUGGGAAUGAGGGGGCGUUGGCCCUGGGUGAAUCUCUCAAAUUCAACAACACACUGGUACACCUUGAUCUGAGCAACAACCGCAUCACUAAUGAGGGAGUGGGUAUGCUGUGUAAGGGACUAGAGGCUAACGAUACUCUCAGAGUGCUACAGCUGGCCUAUAAUUUACUAACAGUGGAGGGUGCUCUUGCAUUGAUCAACGUUGUGAAGAACACACCCAGAACUGCCCUUGAAGAGAUCAACAUUAGUAAUGUUCUGGUGAAUGAGAACUUUGUACAGCUGUUAGAAUUCACCUGUCAGGAACACCCUAGUCUGGAAGUGCAGUAUGGUGGUGUAGGGGGCUUUAUUGCCAAGAAACCUCCAAAACGCCCUGAUCCAAUGAAAGUCAUUCAGGAUUACCUUGACCAGCGUAAGCUUCGACUCUGGGAUUUCUUCCGGAACAUUGAUAAAGAUGGCACCAUGCGUGUCCCUGUCUCUGACUUCAGAAAGGCUGUGCAGCAAUCCAGCAUCCCACUGGACCGGUUUCAGAUUGAAGAGCUGAUCCACAGACUGGACAGAGAAAGGACGGGCAUUGUAGAUUACAGGGGUUUGGCUGACACACGGAAACAGAUGAUGCGAGACCAUCGGCGGCAGUUGCGAAAGGUAGAGUCUCGGCAGAAGAAGGAAAAACAGAAGAGCGAACGGAUACUAAAGACCUUCCAGAGUGCCGUGGAGGCUGUCACUCCCCGUAGCUCCAUGGUGAUGUCACCUGGGGGGACCAAAGAAGAUUCCAGUGGACCCCAGCAUUUUUCAGCAACUCCUCUCAGUUCCUGGCACCACAUAGUCAUGUCCAACAGCAGUCGCUACUCUGUAACCAACCUGAGCAGUGACCAUGUCCACCUACCCUUGAUUGCAGGUGCUAUACCUUACCGGCCGCCAAGUUCCCCAGCUGUGCGCUCCUUUUCCCAGCCUAACCUGCUGGCUGAAUCUCCGCGCCCAUUGCUGACCAAACCUGCCUCUGCUCAAGGAAUGCAUUCUACAUCUAACCCACAUGUGGACAUCACCAAGCUUAGCCCCACAGCCAAUCAUCUGACCAGAUCCAGGCCUGCACUGAAUGCCAAAAAGCCUAGCGCAAAAGUGAAGAAACUCAAACACCAUUGA